GGAGGAAGCAAAAGUAUCCGUGGCAACAACACAGGAAGUGGCGCGCGACGGUUUAAAAACUGUCCCACAAAAACCAAACGAGAAAAUCCACCGUCACUAAAAGGCGCUAGCUCCUCGGUCAUGUUUAUAUCCAUGUAAAAAAAUCUAUUUUUUCUCGCUCGCCUUCGCUUCAGGCUGUAUUUUUUUUCCCAGGGUUGAUGAGCCCUGCAGCCGAACUUUACAAUAGACUCGGUGUUCGUAACGCUCCUGAGCUAAUUUACUAUCUGUCUAGAUGUCGUUCGUGAGAGUGGGGCGUCCGCAGCAGCAGCAAGCCAAAGGGAAAAGACCCCUUCGCUAUAAGAAGUCAGCAGGUCCCAGGAAAGACUGGGUGAGCACCGUCAAUGACCUCUCUGUGCACAAGCUGACUCCUGCUGAGCUGAGUCAUCGACAUGAGAUCCACAAGUCUCACAAUAAAGCUGCAGCUCAGUGGGAGCUUAGAGAGAAAGCCCUGCAACGUCGUCUCAGACACGCCGGGAGCCCCGCACCCCUGGACCGGGCCAGCCUCAGCAUCAUCCGAGAGGUUUUCUCUGAUCAGCUGCUGCUGCAGGAUGUGCUGGCCCGGUCUGACAGAGCCAUGGCUGUGGUCAAAGACCUGUUUGGAGAUGCUCCACGGAGGCAGACUGGACACCCCAGUGUGACCGUGGCCCCAAACUGUGACUCUGACACAGAACUGCCUGUUCUCCAGAGACCAGAUCCUCCAACCCAGCUCUCCCUUCUCAGCCAAUCCAUGAUGGAUCAAGAGGCUCUUAAUGAAGUGGACGUUUCAAGGGAGGACGACAGAUAUGAGAACAUUUCUCCGUCCUGCAACUCAGAGAGUCGUGUCAUCAGAAGGACCAAUAUAAGGAAGAUGAAGGCUCAGGGUAGAGCGACGCAGAAACAGCAAGGUCAUCACCUCAGAUCUCGUGGAGAUAAAGAAAAUAUCCCCGUGACGCCCGUGGCGUCAGGCCGAGCCCCUGACCCGACUGCUCUCAACGCCACCGUAGCUGUUAAACGGGUUCUGUCCAAACGACGUGAGUCAGAUCCGGUCGAGCAAGAGGCUUCUGUCCUCGUCUCUCAGGUCCUGAAUCCUGAACUUCCUCCAAGUCAGUCAGGAAGAAUCAGCAAACGCACCGCAAAGCCCAGGAAGUUUGUUUCUCAGACCUGGGAGCUGGACGGCUCCUCGGUGGGAGACCGGUCCAGCCUGGACCUGCUGCAGGACAUGUUGGGUCAAGUCCAGGCAGACUUGGACUCUGUGAGUCCUGACACGGCACCAGAGUCAGCAGGCAGUCCAGAACGCCACAGGAGACAAGGUCUUACCGGGUUCUCUGUUGCCUUGGUCUCCACGCUUGGACGCUUGGUCCACCUCCUCAGAAAGAGAGAAGCUGGAGCUCAGGAAGAAGCCGACCAAAGGAGACGACUGCAGGAGGAGCUGAAGGAGCAGCGCGGGCUCAUUGAUGCUCUGACAGCUGAAAGCAUGAGCCUGAGAGAAGAGGCUGCCGCCCUGCAGCGGCGGGCGGCGGAGCUGGAGCAGAAGCUGGAUUCUGUGGUUCUUCUGAUGGGGGGGCUGGGCCUACUGGGGGACCAGAUGAGCCCCCCCAAAGACUCUGAUGAAGGAGCGCCCCCGUCUUAUGUUUGUCGGUCUGCUGCUGGCGCUGAGAGACCUCCUGAGAAAACACAAGCUGGAGUUCCUCCUGCGGUUCUCCUCUCCCCACCGCAGCAAAGCGAUAACUGGCAACAAAGUCCUGGAGCUCAUCCGUUCCCUCCGCUGCCGUACCGUUCCCCUUCAGACGUCCGGGCUUCCUGUGAAGAUGUCCGGUCUCACGCCUCCACCUCCAGUCUCAGGAGACUCCCCUCUGCCCCCUCGCCGUCCCUCGCCCCUAACCAGCCCCACUUCCCGCCCUCCCCAGAGGCCAUGCUGGCUGAGAUCGCUGAGCUGAGGAGACAGAACGACCUGGUCAAGGCUCAGCUCAGCCAGGCCAAGAGCCUCGGGUCAGGGGUCACCGCGCGGUGUAGCAGCAGCAGCAGCAGCAACGAGCCGAGGCGGUCCAGCCCAGUCAGCGUCAGCACUGUCUCGCCUCAGAGUGCCGGAGAGAGGAGAUCGUCCGGGUCCAGCAGCUCAAGCAGAGUCCACCGUCUUCCGUCUCCAGUGGGAACGUCUUCAACUUCUCAGGCAGAGUCGUCCAGCCCUCUCAGCGUGAGCAGCGUGGAGCAGCGCCUCCUGGAGCUCAACAGGCAGAGCGCAGCAGCUCGCUGUCGCCUGCUGGAGCUGAUCGAGCAGCAGAAGCUGAACUCUUUGGUCAGAGGCUCUCCGUCCGGCUCCCCCGUCCCUCCCUCGGCCUUCAGUCCCAACACAGCAGCUGCAGGCCGGAGCCCAGAGGAGACGGCGCUGCCGCCUGAGAGAGAGUUUUGGUCCCAUCGACGGUCCGCCGGUUCGGAUGCGUCUCCCGACAGUUUGGGUUCUGGGCGCCAGACUGGAGAGAUUGAGAUGGAGAAACGGAGAGAACGAGAAGGAUGGUUUUCCCUGUCGGCUCACAGGAGAUGACACCAGGAAGGAGACUCAACAAACUGUUUUUAUUUUUUAGCUGAAAUAAAGUUUUAAUCAUU